AUGACGCGCACCCAGGAAACCGAUCCUCCCCCCUUCGGCCAUGAAAUGAGAAAGCUGUUCUCAUUUGCUCCCGGAUAUCGCAAUCUUAACCACGGGUCCUACGGCACCUCCCCGUCUGCCAUUCGAAAAAGGGCAGAGGAUCUACGGCUGAAAUGGGAGGCACGGCCAUGUCCCUUUAUCAAAUAUGACUUUCCGCUGCUGUUGGACGAAUCUCGCGCCGCCGUCGCUGACUUCCUGGGGGUGCCUGUGUCGACCGUCGUCUACGUAGUCAACGCUACGACAGGCGUCAAUACGGUGCUGCGCAACCUGGCCUGGAACCCGGAUGGCAACGACGAAAUCAUCCAACUCGACGUGAUCUACAGCGCCUGUGGCAGUACGACCAAAUACGUCUGCGAGGCCUCCGAGGGUCGAGUGCGCACGAGGGAGGUUCGCGUGGAUUACCCCGUCGAGGACAAGGACUUUGUCGCGGCCUUUCGAGCUGCCAUUCAGGCGUCGCGUCGUGAAGGUCGCAACCCUCGCAUCGCCAUCUUCGAUACCGUCUGCUCCAACCCGGGGUUGCGGCUGCCCUUCGAGGCGCUGACCGCGGUCUGUCGCGAGGAGGGCGUUCUGAGUCUGAUUGACGGAGCCCAUGGUAUUGGCCACGUUGAGUUGAACUUGGCGAAGUUGGAUCCCGACUUUCUCGUGAGUAACUGUCACAAGUGGCUGUUCACUCCACGCUCGUGCGCCGUCUUCUACGUGCCCGAGCGCAACCAGGCGAUGAUACGCAGCACGCUGCCCACUAGCAUCGGGUUCGUGCCGCGGUCGGCAUCAUCCGACGACCAGCCUGGGACAAAUGCGGCGGAAAAGAGUGAGUUUGUGCGCAAUUUUGAGUUCGUAGGGACCCUCGAUACCAUCCCGUUCAUCACGGUGCCCGCGGCCAUUGAGUGGCGGCGCACGGUCGGAGGAGGCGAAAAGAAGAUCAUGGGCUAUUGCACUCAGCUGGCGCAAGAUGGAGGCAAGCUGGUGGCUGAUAUACUGGGGACACGGGUGCUUGACAACAAGACCAACACAUACACGGACUGCUGCAUGUCUACAGUGCUGUUGCCCAUUGAGCUAUCCACCUCAUCGCCGGUCACUCUUCCCUGGAAGGGGCACCGCGUGUCAGUGUCAGACUGGAUGCAACAGACGCUCAUUGAGGACUAUCAGACCUACCUGCCCGUCUUCCCUUUUCAAGAACGCUGGUGGACUCGACUGAGUGGGCAGAUCUAUCUGGAGAUGAGCGACUUUGAGUGGGCCGGUCACACCUUGGUGGAAUUGUGUGCGAAACUGAAGGAAGCUUUGCAUGAGUCGUAA